AAACCACUGUCCAAGAUACAAUCAACUGAAAGCAGGUCUCAACACUAUCAGAUUGCCAUUACAAUCACUGAGGGACGCCAGUUAGCUGGGGAAAAUAUCGACCCUAUGGUGAUAAUUGAAGUUGGUGAUGAGAAAAAACAAACAACAGUGAAAGAAGGAACAAAUUUCCCUUUUUACAAUGAGUACUUUGUCUUUGAUUACAUUGGUCCAGCAGAGAUACUGUUUGACAGAAUCAUUACAUUUUCGGUCAGGCAUUCCAAAUUGAUCGGAGGAACGCUGAUUGGAGCUUUUAAACUGGAUGUCGGAACAGUUUACAAUGAACCAGGUCAUCUUUUCAGCAAAAAGUGGGCACCUCUUAUUAAUCCCAGUGAUAUUAAGACAGGGGUGAAAGGUUACCUUAAAUGUGACAUUUCUGUGACUGGGAGAGGCGAUGGAAUCCAAAUGCUUCAGAAAACCAGUGAGGCAGCUGAGGAAGAAAUUGAAAAGAACCUUCUCAAUCCGGUGGGGUUUCCAACUGAGAGGCCGUGGGCACGCUUUUUUGUCAAAAUUUACAAAGCCCAGGGACUUCCGACGAUGAACUCGAGCCUUGUGGCAAAUGUAACAAAAGCAUUCAUGCGAGACAACAAGGAUUUUGUGGACCCUUACGUCACAAUCAACUUUUUUGGCCAAAGGGGUCGAACAUCUGUGCAGAAAAGCUGUGCGGACCCCGUAUGGAAUGAACAAAUAAUUUUCAAGGAAAUGUUUCCCCCGCUCUGCCGUCGAGUCAAAAUUCAGGUGUGGGACGAGGGAAAUGUCAAUGACGUUGUCAUUGGAACUCAUUAUAUUGACUUGCGGAAAAUAUCAAAUGAACAGGAAGGAGAUAAAGGAUUUUUGCCCACGUUUGGACCAGCAUGGAUCAAUCUGUAUGGCUCCACCCGCAACUACACACUUAUGGAUGGCAAUCAGGAGCUCAAUGAGGGCUUUGGAGAAGGCGUGUCAUUCAGGGGCCGUCUCCUGAUUGAAAUUGCGGUGGAGAUUCUGUCAGCCAGCAUUAUCGACACCACAUUUUCAAAGCCGACAACGGAUUUGAAGAUUGCACCCAAAGAAUUGAAAUUGGGAAAGUCAGCAAUGCAAGAUUCCAACUCAUCCAGUUCUGAAAAGACAAAUUCAACUGAAGUUGAAGUGGAAUCAGUGGAACCUUGCAAUUGGAUCGAUGAAGAAAGUCUUCAGGGCUUUCUUCUGUUUGGCACCUUCUUUGAGGCAACAAUGAUUGACAGGAGACUUGGUGAAAAGCCAAUCAGUUUUGAGGUAUCCUUGGGGAAUUACGGAAAUGUUAUGGCGAGAGCUAUUACAACUGCAUCAAACAAAAAGCGAGCACCAGAUACACAUGAGGAAGAAGCGACAUCUUUGCUGCAAGCCACUGGGUCAGAUCAAACCCUUGAGUCUGACAAUCCUGCUACCAAACCUGUGAAGCCGCUUCUAACCGAGGGCAAUAGGAAUUACUACUACUUGCCAUUUCAUAGCAGGAAACCAUGCGUCUUCGUCAAGAGUUGCUGGGAGGACCAGAUUUUUCGAUUGUAUAUUUCCAACUUCCUGGACAAAAUCGCUGACAGGCUUGAAGAAGGGUUGGAGGAGAUCAAAGAAUGCAUGAAGGUUUCUGAUUCCCGAAUGGAGAAGAAGACGAAAGAUGUUCUGAAUGAUUUUAUAUUCCGAUGCAGGUAAAAAUGGUCCCUAAUUGACCUGUGCCUUAGAGAUUUUGCCGGCUUUGGACAGAUGGAUGGACUUCACCAGACAGUGCUUGAUAAGAAACGAGUCACCAUGAGCCGGCUGGAACUGGAGUUAAUGUCCCAUGAAGCCAAGAACAUUGUUCAGGGAAAGAAGAAAUUGUCUGUGAAUGAACAGCUACGGGCAAUCCAGAGCUGCAUACAAAGACUGCGAUUCCUUGUGGAUGAGCCACAGCAUACAAUUCCGGACGUGUUCAUUUGGAUGCACAGCAGUAACAAGAGAAUCGCAUAUGCACGGAUUCCGGCUCGAGAUAUCCUGUUCUCCGAGAAAACAAAUGAGAAAGGAAAGGACUGUGGAAAAAUCAAGACAUUCUUUCUGAAAUUGCCAGGCAAACAUGUUACGGGCUGGACUGUACAAGCAAAAGUGGAUUUUUACCUUUGGUUGGGUUUGAUGAGACACGUGGAUGCUAUGUUGGCAAACUUACCCAAUGGAUUUGAAGCAGAAAUUCCAGCACCAAGCACUGGCCAUCAGCUUUCCCCACCCUUUAGCAUACUUUAUAAAGAUGAGCAUGUGUUUCAGCUAAGAUGCCACAUGUAUCAGGCGAGAGGACUUCUGCCUGCUGACAGUAGUGGUCUUUCAGAUCCCUUUGCUAAAGUAACAUUUGUUUCACAAUGUCAGACAACUAAGGUUAUCACUCAGACUUUAUCACCUACAUGGAACCAGAUGCUCUUAUUCAAUAACAUCCACCUCUAUGGUGAAGUAAUGGAAAUCAGUGACGAUCCUCCACUUGUGGUUAUUGAGGUUUAUGAUCAAGAUGCUGUUGGUAAAGCAGAGUAUCUUGGCAGCACAGUGGCUCUUCCAGUUGUGCAACUGGUUGGGCAGGCUUAUACUCCCCCUGUACUUCAAUAUUACCCAAUGUACUGUGGCAGUGUACCUGGUGGUGAGCUUCUUGUCGCUUUUGAACUCCUGCAGCUCUCUGAUCCAGAAGGUAAAGAUCUACCUCCUGUGGAUGAACCAGAUACAAACCAGGUUUUUCCAGUGCCUGCCAACAUCCGUCCAAUCCUGAGCAAAUACAAGGUGGAGGUGUUUUUCUGGGGUCUUCGUGAACUCAAACGAGUGCAGCUCCUCAGUGUGGAUCGACCCCAAGUUUUCAUUCAAUGUGCCGGGUCACUCAUCAAAUCUUCCAUCAUCCAGAGUUACAAGAAAAAUCCCAAUUUUACAGUGCAAGCAGAGAGUUUCGUCGUGGAAUUGCCUGAGAAUGAACACCUACACUCAUCACUCUGCAUUUCCAUUGUCGACUGGAGGGCAUUUGGCCGAAGCACUUUUGUAGGGACGCACACAAUCAGCUCGCUGAAGCAGUAUAUCCGCAAACCUUCUCGACAUCACCCAACAAAACAUAACAGGCCAAGAAAUGCCACUGACAGUGCUAAUGCAAUGCAAAGUGAAUCAGCGAAACUGGAAAGCAGUGUGUAUGUAAACGUUGGUAUAGAAAAUUCUCAUGGAUCACCAAAUUCAAGAAACGUACAACGUUCCAUGAAAAGGAGAUUGUCACGAAGGUUUACUUCACGGAGGUUAAAGUCCUGUGUCGAUGAUAGUGAAAUUGUUGUGGACUGGUGGUCAAGGUAUUAUCAUUCUGUGGAAAAAGCUCAAAAGGUAAAACUGAAAGAUUCAAGGCCCAACCAACACACCAAGGACAAUGAGAAUGCUUUCUCUGUGCUGUACUAUUCUAUAUUCUAUGAUAAUGUAGACCAUUGUUUACAUUACGAUUUGUGUUUUUCACUGCUUGUUGCGUAUAUUAAUAAUGCUUAUUUUAAUCUGAUUGUUUUAUUGCUAGUGUUGAACUUGCACGACUCUCUACCCUAUUUCGACGAUGAUGAUGUUGGGAAGAAAUGCAAAGAUCAAUUGCUCCAAUUGAGGAAAAUGGAGAUUCCAUGGUUGGCAACUCUAGAGAUAUAUGAAAAUGAUCUAGAAGAAGCAUUUGAUAACUUUAAUGAUUGGAUGCAAACGUUUGACCUCUUUCGUGGCAAAGCAAGUGAAGAUGACACCAGUGCAGAUGAUGAAAGAAUUGUUGGAAAAUUCAAGGGUUCAUUCUUUGUGUGGAAGUGCAAUGAUGAUUACGAUACAGGAGGACAAUACAACAUACCGCAGGGAAUGCCAUCCAAUACUCCCGUUAAAGUUUUAAUCCGAGCCUACAUUGUAGCUGCUACCAACCUACAUCCAGCAGACCCUGAUGGCAAAGCUGAUCCAUACAUUGUACUGAAGCUUGGAAAGACUGAAAUUACGGAUCGCGACAACUAUAUCCCAAAACAAUUGCAUCCACAAUUUGGAAGGUCCUAUGAUAUUGAGGCCACCUUCCCAAUGGAGUCUCUGCUCACAAUAGGAGUCUAUGACUUUGACAUGAUUGGAAAAGAUGACAUGAUCGGAGAAACCAAGAUUGAUCUGGAGAACCGCUUUUACAGCAAGCAUCGAGCCACCUGCGGACUGCCCUACAGAUACGAGAUAGAAGGCUCCAACGCCUGGCGUGAUUCCAUGAAACCAACAGAGAUCCUGAAGAGGGUGUGUAGGGAAAGUGGUUUUCAAAGACCCUUCUGUAAUUCAGAAGAGAUUGAAGUGAAUGGGAAAGUCUUUCACGGCAAAACAACCUUUCUGGAAGAUGAAGAACUGGUGGUGUCCCAUGAACACCUAGCUCUAAAGGUGUUAAAUCAGUGGUCAACGAUCCCUGGGACUGGAUAUAGACUGGUUCCUGAACACAUUGAGUCAAGGCCCCUCUACCACAAAGACAGGCCAGGCAUUGAACAGGGCCGUGUUCAGAUGUGGGUGGACAUGUUCCCACUGGAUAUACCUCCUCCUGGGCCACCUGUUGACAUCUCCCCUCGCAAGCCCAAAGGGUAUGAACUCAGAAUCAUUAUUUGGAAUACUGAGGAUGUUGUAUUAGAAGAUGAGAAUUUUAUUACUGGUCAAAAAUCAAGUGAUAUCUAUAUCAAAGGUUGGCUGAAAGGAAAAGAAGAAGAUAAGCAAGAAACAGAUGUGCAUUACAACUCAUUGACUGGGGAGGGAAAUUUCAAUUGGCGUUUUAUCUUUCCCUUUGACUACCUACCUGCGGAGAAACUGAUGGUUACAAGCAAGAGGCAUUCCAAUUUCUCUUUGCACAAGACAGAACGCAAACUUCCUGCAAUCCUUGUACUUCAGGUCUGGGAUUUUGAGAGGCUUUCUUCAAAUGACUUUCUAGGAUCCGUGGAGCUCGAUCUCAAUGAAUUUCCUUGUGGUGCAAAAUCUGCAAAGAAAUGUGGCUUGCACAUGAUUGAAGAGGGUGCUCAGAUUAAACUUAUCUCAAUAUUUCAGCAGAAGCGUCUUCGAGCUUGGUGGCCUUUAGAGAAAUCAGGAGAACUCACUGGUAAGGUUGAAGCUGAAUUCCAUCUGCUCACUGCCGAAGAGUCUGAGAAGAAUCCAGUUGGAAGUGGUCGUAAAGAACCUGAGCCUUUGGAGAAACCCAACCGUCCUGAUACCACCUUCACUUGGUUCAUGCAACCGUUCAAAUGCGUCUAUUAUUUCAUCUGGAAGAACUACAAGAAGUACAUCAUUAUUGGGCUCAUUUUGCUGAUUGUAACUUUGUUCCUUGUAUUGCUGAUCUACACACUGCCUGCUGCAAUAAGCACACGCAUAAUAAAUGGGCGAAAUGGAAACAGUUGGAAAUGAAAUUGCAGAAUCCCAAAAGUACUCACCCACAUGUUAUUUAAAUUAAACUCUUAGUUUCACAUCAUCAAAAGGCUCUUUAAAUUCUAAUGUGUCGUUUGCAAUGCGUUGAAUUGGUCGCUGAUAUUGCCGCUGCAGUUUAUUCUAUUGUUUUUGCAAGGUUUAUGUGAUGUUUUACUAUGAUGCAAUCUUCCCAGUUUACUAAAUUAUAAUGAACCUAAAUGGAUAUAUAGCUAUGGUCUUAUCUAUGUCUAUUAAAUUUCAAGGGGAAAUUUUAUAGCUGCAUCUUAGAGAGAGGCCUGUCCACAAUGCGUAGCGUGGCAGCAACCUACUUAUUUUGCUGUUAGUUCUCACCUCACUGAUGAACCCUUGACAAUAGGUCACUCAAAUUAUCCCACAUUUUAUAGAUUACUGUGGGAAAGAAUCAGCAAAGAAUGGGAGUUGUUGCAUUUCAGAAUUAGCACCACAAAAGAAUUGGAAAAUUCCAGUGACAACAAUUCUGAGUUUGACUUAAACUCAUUUUUAUUUUUGACUUUAGUUUAGUUUAGAGAUACAGCAUGCGAACAGGCCCUUCGGCCCACUGAGUCCGCACCGAACAGCGAUCCCUGCACAUUAACACCAUCCUACACACACUAGGGACUAUUUACAUUUAUACCAAGCCAAUUAGCCUACAGACUUGUACGUCUUUGGAGUGUCAGAGAAAACCCAUGCGGUCUGGGGGAGAACAUAUUCACUCCGUUCAGGCAGCACCCGUAGUCAGGAUUGAACCCUCUGGCGCUGUAAGUGCUUUAAGGCGCAAUAACAAUAAUAAUAAUAAUAAUAAUAAUAAAUUUUAUUUAUGGGCGCCUUUCAAGAGUCUUAAGGACAUCUUACAAAAAUUUAGCAGGUAGAGGAAAUACGUGUAAGCGGAAUGAAAUAAAUAGUAGAGACAUGACUAGUACAUAAAUUAAAGACAGAAUUCAAUUCAAAACACAAUACGAGGCAAUUCAAGCACAGAUGAAAAGGGAGGGGGACGUGGGGCUAAGGAUAGGCAGAGGUGAAGAGAUGGGUCUUGAGGCGGGACUGGAAGAUGGUGAGGGACACGGAAUUGCGGAUCAGUUGGGGGAGGGAGUUCCAGAGCCUGGGAGCUGCCCUGGAGAAGGCUCUGUCCCCAAAACUGCGGAGGUUGGACUUGUGGAUGGAGAGGAGACCGACUGAUGUGGAUCUGAGGGACCGU